AUGUUGUCCUCCCAACUUCUGCGCUUGGUCGGCAGAAGAGCCCUUUCCACCUCUGUGUGUCUGCAGGGACAUGCGAGUGUGGCAGUCCCGGCUUUCACCCUCCCUUCAUACACUGACAACAGAGCCGUCCCUCUCCCGGCGGUGGCCUUCGUAUCGCAGCUGAGCUCCGAGCAGCAGGCUUUGAAAGCUAAGGAGCAGGGAGCAUGGAGAUCAUUGAGCGCCAGCGAGAAAGUGGAAUUGUAUCACAUCAGGUUCAACAAAACCUACGCCAACAUGAAAAGGAAAUCGCAUGAAUGGAAGACCGUCGUGGGGGGGAUCCUCUUCUUCAUGGGCUUCACUGCGUUCAUUAUCAUCUGGCAGAAGCGUUACGUGUUCGGCGACAUCCCUCACACGCUGUCUGACGAUUGGGUGGCCAUGCAGACCAGGAGAGCGCUGGACAUGAGGGCCGGCCCCAUAGAGGGAUUGUCCUCCAAAUGGGACUAUGACAAGAACGAAUGGAAGAAGUAAGAUGGCCGCCUCCCAGGAUUCCCUCCGACCAGAACAGCCUCCAUGUUUCACUGCGGUCCAAUCUCCAUGUUACCUCAUCGCUUGAUUCACUGGAAUGUGAUUUCCUCCUGUGUUCUACCAAUAAAGCUCUGGUUUACUUGAACCCGCCGCC